CGUUAUACCUCUUAUAUUUUUUUUAUUUUUUAUCAUUGCAAAAAAAAAUAUGGCGAAUAUUCCGGGACCUUCCACAGCGAAUUUUAACGAAGAAUCCGAAUUUCAACAAUUUAAAAGUUGAUUUUGAUGUUUUUUCGAGUUUUUUAAAAGUUUAUUAGAGGAAUCACUAGAUUUUUAACAGACGGGUUUUUCCUUUAUCCUGAAAUGAAGUGGGUGGAUACUUUGUCAAGCAAAUUGAAAAGUCCUGUCUUUUUCUAUAAUUUUGGAUAUGAAGGAGCUGAUACUAUUAUCAAGGCCUUUCAAACACAUUCCGGAGAUGCUAAAGUAGGUCACGCUGAAGAACUCACUUAUCUUUUCCCACAAAAUUCAGUUCAUCUUAGAGGGUCAGACACAAGUACAUCUGAAAUAUUGAUUGAUCUCUGGACAUCGUUUGCUAUUAAUGGAAAACCAACGUCAAACCUUCUACCAAAUCCUGAUAUGUGGACACCUUAUAAGGAUAAUAUGAGUUAUCUUGAAAUUUCUGGCAGUCUCAAUAAAAGUGGACCAGAAGUGAUCCUGAAACAUUCUUACUUUCCUGAACGCAUGAAUUUUUGGAAGAAGAAUUCGAAUUAAGAACAAUAUUUCAAGAUAUUACCAGCUCGUUUUUAUCCAUCGCACAAUUUAAAUUUGCAAUUUUUUAUUGUAAAAUUUACCAAGAAAAACUCUAUACUUGAAAGAAGUAUUAUUUUAAAUUAGAAUUUGUAGAAUAGAAUAGUAUUGUUUAAAGAGUCUAGUCGUGCAGUUUUUCCUGCGAAUAGCACAAACGGUACACACUUCACGCUUUUCCAUAUUCUCCAAUCAAAAUCUCCGGAUUCUCGCUAUUUAUCUAGAAAUCUGGACGACUAGCUAUGGGUGUAAUGGAAUGAAAUUGACACUAGGGCG